GUCUUCUGAAAACGUCACUUGAAGGCGUCUGUCCCACCCCUGCUAUAAUCUUUGUUUAUUAUUUAGUAAAAAUAAAUUAUUAAUUUACCGAAAAUUAUUCAAAGGUGUGAUGUUUGUUUAUUUUUGAGGAAUGUUCUUACCUUGGUACUCAUGAGUUGUCAAUAUUUUUAUCUGGAGCUUGAAUUGGACUUAUGCAAAGCAGAUAGACCUGAUUUAUAUGCACAAAAAACAUUUCUAGAAGUUGGGCGUGAAUUAUUUGGCGAGUGUGGGGUACCUCAUGUGGAUAUCCUGAAGGCAGAAGAUUGUAGAGUUUUAGUGCGUGUUCACUCCAGCACACUGAGGAAAUUUAGAGCAGCUAUUUCUCUAUCUGCUAGGCCUAUACGAGUGUGUGCUGAAGCUCCGUCUCUACAAGCUUUAAUAUAAGAUGUCGUCGCACGCGGAACUGACUGGUGCGGGUGUGGGAGGGUCGGAGGCCCAGCACCGCGUAGUGGUCGCGUCGCGCGAGCAGCUAUCGUCGCCCAGUAAGGUGUCGCUGCCGCCGCCGGAACCUGCGCCGGGCCUGGUGCUGCCUGACGGCUCCAUUAACUGGGGCUGCCCUUGUCUGGGCGGCAUGGCAACGGGGCCCUGUGGUCUGCAGUUCCGUGAUGCCUUCUCCUGCUUUCACUACAGCGAGGCGGAGCCCAAAGGCAGCGACUGCUAUGAGAAGUUCAGCGUGAUGCAGGAUUGUAUGGCUCAGUACCCAGAACUGUAUGGCAAGGACGAUGAAGACGAGUUGGCUGCCGCCGUUGAUGAGUCAGUCGCGGCGAGCGCGUCCGAACCUGCUCCGGCGCCAACCAAGCAGUAGGAGAGCCGUUACAUUGUUGUCGUGUAUGCUGUGUUCUGUUAUUGACUGUUUUAAAACAAUUUACUACCAGACAAGUAAUAACAUAGUUCCCACCACCCCCACUACUCUAAAAAGGCCUGUCAUUAACCGGAGCUAAUUGAUCUGCAUAAUGACCCCUAUGUGCUUUCGAAGAACAUCCUGAUGGAUUUAUUUCCAAUCUAUUCAAGUCACUGCCAAAAGUAGCGGCUCAUCUCCGCAUUUAUAUAUGACAUUAUAGUAAAUUUGAGUUGUUUUAUAUGGAAUUGUAAUAUAUAAGUAGUGUGUUGCAGUAUUUAUCAUUGUGAUUGUGAACAUGACUUGACAGUAGUGAGAUCUAUCCUUCAAACUCUUUAAAUGUCACCUUAUGCUCAAAUGCCACUUAGGAGUGUGCUGGUAUAGUGGGACUUAACUAAGAAUGCGUGUUGAGCAAUGGCUGGUGGGUUAGUUCGACUUACAUUGGAAACAAUCUAUAUUAUAUUUUCGCAUAUGCUGUUAUACAAGUGGAUAUAUACGGGAUUGUAGGAACAUUUAAUUUAACGUAACUAAUUUCAAGUUUAGAGUACAUUCUGUGCAUCUCCUGUGGCCACUUGCCGCGACAUAUCGGUUGCUGCAGUGGGUGUACAUAGCCAAUUCGAUAAAUAUUAUAUUGAGAUGUAAUAAUACUAAGUGUCGAGGACAUUUCCACACCGUCGUGUGACAUCCUUUUGGAAUGAUUACUAUUGAAUGUUGUCUUACAGCGUAAACACAUGGUCGGAUUUGGAACGGACGGACUAUCGGACGGUCCGGUGGGCGUGGACUGGCCUGCAAUAAUUGGUUUGGAGUCAUACUCAGUACGGUAAUAAUUAUAAUUUUGUCCGAUGGGCAAUGUGACAUACCAUCGAAUAAAGACCGCUUCCAAUGGUUUAGCCGGACCAAAUCCGAACAAGUGUUUGGGCUAUUACGUUUGACAACUGAUAUAUCACAAAAUACGCGUGGGUUCGCCGUCUUACAUAGAAUAUUAUGUGGAUUUGGCGUAAACGUUUGUUAUCUAGGUGUAAUCAAUAUAUAUUAGAAUUAUAUAAUGUUUAUUAUUUAGUUGUUUCAGAUAUUGAUUUUUUGUUAUACGAGUCCAAAACAUAACGACAAUCUGACCAAAUAUUACACUAAUUUCCUUUCACUUUUGCUAUUGUAAAACCUUUUCCUUAUUUAAGAUUAUUUUACUAAUAAAGCGCAGUUUAGAUUUGUUUGUACCUACUCGCGGGGGAGGAGGAGUGCUCUCGGGAGAGGAGUUUCUCACUACCUGAAAAAUGUAUAGUAGAAAAAAUAUGGAAAUGGCCCCGAUGUUUCGAAUUUCUAAAUACCUUACAGAAGUUGUAAGCUCCCUUGGCUGGUGUGAGCAUAUUAAAUAAAAGUAGUUAAUGUUUAAAAUAGUUAGAACUUUAUAGUCAAA